AUGGCCACCCUCAAGCCCCCAACAAAUACACAUCGCUCCUCAUCCUCCCACAGCUCCGCCCCACCAAAAGCACCCCUAAAAGCCGAUCCCACAGCCACAAUCGCCGACACCGUCGUCUUCCAAGGCAGAUACUCCGUCACCAUCGGCGCGGGGACAGUCAUCCACCCACGCGCGCGCUUCUACACAUACGAAGGCCCAAUCACAGUCGGCGAUAGCUGCAUAAUCAGCGAGAAAGCCGUGAUAGGAGCCCAACCAAGCUCCUCGAGCCGGUCAGCGGUACCGUCCAGAUCAGUCUCUUCGAGCAUGACCACAUUGCCUACCGAGUCCGGAGCCUCAACGCCAGAGAUUAGAAAAGAGGCCACUACACGCAUUUCAUACUUUGUCACCAUUGGCCCGUCGGCGACGGUUGAGCCGGGCGCUAAUAUCCAUUCUUCUGCUACGAUUGAGGCUUUGGCGAUGGUUCGCCGAGGUGCGGAUAUCGGGUCGCACUCGAAGGUGUGUUCUAGGUGUGAGAUUGCGGCGGGUGGUUCUGUGGGCGAAUGGGUUGUUGUUUAUGGUCAGGGGCCUGGGAUGCGGAGGAAGAGAGCGCGUGGCGCGAAGGCGAUAAGUCCGGCUGUUGUGGGUGCGGCGCAGGUUACGCAGACGCCUCUUCCUGGUCCCGCGCCGGCGGGCAAGGUUAUUGAGGAUGCGAGAUUGAUGGUGUUGCAGAAAGAGAGGGAGGUGUUGGGGCGGAUGCUCCUUCCUGUUGCUGGGGGAAGGAAGAAGUGA